CUCGAGGCUGUGACGGUUAGCCGCUAGCAUAGCCGCUCCUGUAGCGCAGCCAUCCGCAGCAUCAUGGCGGAGCGAAGCGUCUCAGCUGCGGCUCCGGCUCCCGGCCACAGUCCGCAAGCGGGAACUACAGCCAGCUGGCCGAUCCUCAAGGAGGCAUACGAGCUGCAGGAUGUUAUAGGCAGUGGAGCCACAGCAGUAGUCCAGGCUGCUCUCUGCCUCCCUCGACAAGAACGCGUGGCUAUCAAGAGGAUCAACCUGGAGAAAUGCCAGACCAGCAUGGAGGAACUACUGAAAGAAAUCCAAGCCAUGAGCCAGUGCAACCAUCCGAAUGUAGUGACGUAUUUUACCUCAUUUGUGGUGAAGGAUGAGCUUUGGUUGGUUAUGAAACUACUGAGUGGAGGCUCAGUAUUGGACAUUAUAAAGCACACAUGUAGCAAAGGGGAGCACAAAAAUGGUGUGUUGGACGAAGCCACGAUAGCUACUAUUUUAAAAGAAGUUUUAGAGGGUCUUGAUUACCUGCACAGAAAUGGACAAAUUCACAGGGACGUGAAAGCUGGGAACAUCCUGUUGGGAGAGGACGGCUCCGUGCAGAUAGCAGACUUUGGUGUGAGUGCAUUUCUGUCAACCGGAGGAGACGUAACCAGACAUAAAGUUAGGAAAACGUUUGUGGGAACUCCGUGUUGGAUGGCUCCAGAAGUGAUGGAACAGGUACGAGGUUAUGAUUUCAAAGCUGACAUUUGGAGUUUUGGGAUCACUGCCAUAGAAUUGGCCACAGGAUCUGCACCCUAUCAUCGAUACCCACCGAUGAAGGUCUUAAUGCUGACACUGCAGAACGAUCCCCCAACUUUAGAGACAGAAGUGGAGGAUAAAGAGAUGCUAAAGAAAUAUGGGAAAUCUUUUAGGAAACUAAUAACUCUGUGCCUUCAAAAAGACCCGACGAAGAGGCCAACUGCGUCAGAACUUUUGAAAUGUAAAUUCUUCCAAAAAGCCAAGAACCGGGAAUACUUGAUUGAAAAGCUGCUUAGUAAAGGACCAAAUAUAAGCCAAAGAGCUAAAAAGGUGAGACGAGUUCCAGGAUCAAGCGGUUGCUUGCACAAGAUGGAGGAUGGAGAAUGGGAAUGGAGUGAUGAUGAGAUGGAUGAAAGGAGUGAAGAAGGGAAGGCAGCUAUCAGUCAUGGAAGGUCACGGUGGGUCAAAGAUGAAAACCAGCAUGGGGAAGUGAAUGCCAACAGUGUCCCUAUAGAAAGCCUGUCCAUUCAGCAUCCCCAGAUUCAACCUCUGGAAAAAAACCCAUGCACUCAGGGUGCUGUGAACAUGGUCCUGAGGCUAAGGAACUCGAGGAAGGAGUUGAAUGACAUACGGUUUGAAUUCACUCCAGGUCGAGAUACCGCCGAUGGUGUUUCUCAGGAGCUGUUUUCUGCUGGUCUCGUCAAUGGACAUGAUGUCGUAGUUGUUGCUGCUAACCUUCAGAAAAUUGUAGAAGACCCUGUUACCUAUAAAGUGUUGACCUUUAAACUGGCAUCUGGCUGUGACAGUACAGAGAUCCCUGAUGAGGUGAAGCUAAUUGGCUUUGCCCAGCUCAGUGUUACCUGAUGGUGUACCUCGAAGGGAAAAGGAAGAGGAUGUGAGGAGGAAGAAGGCUUUGAACAGAGAGACUGAAUGCUAAAGAAAGUGCAGGCUGGGGGUUUAGCAGCCAUCUCCAGCUUACUCUCAGCUCGAGCUCCUCUCUCCGAUCUAUCCUCAUUUUAAUUACCUUCUAACUGUCAAUAACUAAGCAUUCUAUCAAUAACUAAAUAAUAUCUCCCCACACCACACCACACCACACAGCCAGCUUCCCUUGGCCUGUAUUCUGCUCCUGCAAUGUCUUUCCUCAACAUUCCACCUCUCUCUUUCCUUCAGCCCUGCUAACUUGAUGCUCUCAGGUGGCUAUAGCCAGCAAUCGAAAAAAAAAAAGAAUGAGUGUUUCUCAUUAUGAUUGUGUUACAUUUGCUUUCAGAGAAGUUAUUAUUAUUUAUUUAUUGGGAAAAGCCUUCAGUUUUCCUUUUCUUGGUUUAAAAGUUUCUGACACGUACAUUAACACUGCAAAACUUGGUGUUAAGUCAGUUAAUUGACGUUCUCCUUUCUUCCAAAUGUAAGUUAUAUUAUUUAUGAUGAAAUAAGCACAUUAUUAUUAUUAUUAUUAUUAUUAUUAUUAUUAUUAAUAAUAAUGAUUCUAUAAUGAAUACUGUUUUAAAACUGAACUGUCCUGUACUGUAUGUACACAAAACAUAUAAUCCACUAAGAAUGAAUGAAACCAUUUUCCCCCACGGAAAGCAGGAGGCGAGAACUGAAUGUUGCCAUGUGCAAAAUGUACCUGCUUAUUUUUCAGGACAGUGUUGACGCUUAACUGCUAGAGGUGCCUUGUUCAUUAAUCCGUGCCUAAGAACACAGGUAACAAGCCGAAGCUGUUAAAAGCAUAGACUGCUUUAUGUCGUUAAACCAAGCAGAAUUGCUUUCUAGCCGAUAGCUCCAUUUAAAAGUAUUUUCACUGGCAAAUGGCUCAUGUUGAAAUGACAAAGCUUUAAUGCACUUUGAUUUUGGAUUGUGCAAUGUACAUGUGCUUCUCCCCUGGAAAACCUCCAGAUUUACUGUAACUAAAGCUUUGUUUUAUGACCGAAAGGUCAUUAUAACUGUAAUGCACACCUGAACUGUGAUAUGAUGGGGAAAAAGCCAGCUGCUGAGUAUAUAGAAGUAGCCAUGAUAUCCCACUGCAUUAGCCAGCAUGCAUCUGUCUGAUUUUUAUUAGACAGGACAGGAGGAGGUUCAUAACCAAAAGAUGACUACUGUAUGGGAGAUUAGUCAUGAUUCCAAAAACAAGUACAGUAUUUCCAGAUUGUUCCAUUUUCCACUGUACUUGAAAAUACUGUAUACACUUAAUAUUACAAUAAAUAUUAUUUUAUGAAA